AUGCUCAUGUCCAACCAGUUUCAGUUGCUUCCAGAAACAAUUCCAACUUCUUUCGAGGGACACAGUUUGGUGGCUCGCACUCAUGAACGAAUUGGUGACUUAUACUCUGGUAUUGAGUUGUACGGUCCAGCCUUGAGACAUUACCAACUCAUGCUAGUUCAUGCACAAGUUGCCAGCCAGAUACUCGGUGUAUCCGUCUCCGCCACCGUCAUCGAGAAGACCAAUAAGUUGGUUGACGCCGCACUGGUUUCUGUGGCAGAAACAUACCGGAACCUCGGAUCCUAUGGACAUUGUGUCCGGACAUAUCAGCAAGAGAUCCAAUGGGUUACUACGACUGGCCUAUCGACGGCGGAGUUGGCUACCAGUUGGUUUAGUCUAGCACAGGCACAGCGUCUCUGUUUUAAUUCGUCCUCAGAAUCUCAUACAGUAUUCAUUCCUGGUUCGGAAACCACUUUGGAGACACUUCAAUCGGCUCUGAAUGCCUCCAAGUCAAUUGGUUCAAUAAAGUUGGCUAUUGAGAUUUUGACAGAAAUGGAAGAUUAUUUGUCUUGCAACGGACAACAGUCAAAUGAUUUGGCUCGCAUUCGACAGGAAUUGUCAAGGCUAAGACGAGAUGCCAAAGUAGAUACAGAAGAGGAUCAUGAAAAUACUAUCAGAGAGACCGAAGGCGAGGAUCUAGGAGAUGCCACUAUUGAUGAUGACACUGUAACAAAGUACAUUGAUUUGCUGUCAUCCGAUUCCGAGGUUGAAGCAUGCAUAGGACAUUCGGAGUUGUUGGACGAGUUCAACGCGGGCAAGGGUGGUCCACGUAAGGGGAAGGCCCUGUGUCUUAAAACUAACAUGAAGGGAGAGACACCUCUGCAUGUGGCAGCCAUCAACGGCGACAUGGAACACGUGAUCAAACUGAUCGAAGUACUGGGUCAUCCAGUAAAUGUGACAGAUGGUGCCGGAUGGUUACCAAUUCACGAGGCGGCCUUCCAUGACCGUACUGAAGCGGCUAUCUAUCUGCUGGAUAGAGGGGCGCGACUAGAUGACCCUGGUUGUCUUGAAGACCUAUCGACCCCUCUCUUCGAAGCGAUCCAUAACGGCUCUCUGGCCACAGCUAUCGUCCUUGUGCAACGUGGGGCCAACUUGUGGCAUCGCAACAAACGUGGCGAGUGUCUUCCGGAGUUACUGGAUAUGUGGGAACCGUCACGACGUUGCGCUGGAACGUUCAAUGAACAACGAGAACGGUUCGACAAACUUCUGGCUGCCAUACAGGAACGUCUCGGAUCGGACUACGAUCGAUGGUGCAACCAGCCACGUUCCUGUCCCCCCAUGGUUGCUGCUUCAUCGGCUUCUACGGAGUCUUCACCAGAGACUGUUCAUAUGAUAUCCUCACCAAAAAGACGUUCCACCCCAAAGAAGAGUCGCUACACAAAGUCUGGUUCCCCCUCCUUGUCAGAUAUCUCACCGCCACUGCUUACGCGGAAACCAAAAAGCCUGCGAGUACAAGCUUGUGACGAACUGCUGGUUGAUUUGGACGAUGAUACGGUGCAAACUGGCCGGAGGAAACAACCCCACUCGGGCGCCAAAACUGGACCAGUAGAAACGUAUAAACAAGCCAUGCAAGCUGUCGCUGGUUCAGCCUCGCGCGCGAAUAAACGCAAAUCCGCCCCUGGGCAUAGCAGAUCGACCACAAGUCAAACCUGCCGACUUACGGCUGCGAUUGACAUGGAUGAUACGGAUUGGCUUGUGCAAGAUGAGCAGUUGCCUUCCAAGAAACAACGUCUCAGUUCCUCAGUUCGGAAACAGUUCGAAACGGUGGGUUUGCGAGAGGGACGCAAGCCGACUGACUGGAACAAAUCAGAUGACGGAACUAUGGUCGCUCAACCAGUUCUCCGACUUCGUGAUAUCAGUCAUCUUCAGAAUACAUCGCUGGAUUUCAGCCCUCACGGCUCAGCAUUCACGUCAACUCAGUUACCGUCUGUUUCCAUUUCUAAUGAAGUGCAGCAGGAGGAAGUCAAACAAAACCCGGUGUCCAUUCCAAAAGGAUUACCUCAGAAGACUACUCCUAUCGCUACAACAGUUGCUUCCGUCAUGUCUUCUUCGGUGGCGGUCGCAUCCGCAGCACCAGUUUCGUCCUGCAACCCAGCCGUUAAGGUGCCUGUUAACAGCCACCCUAUCAAUUCAGCUUCAGUCUCCAGCAAAGCGUUUUCCAUCAAGAUCGCGUUUGCAGAUAUUUCUGUGUUGGUCCCCGUUGACGAUAGUUCCCGAAGUGUUGCCUGGCUCGCCAACGAAGCUUAUCGCCGCCGGCAAAUUCUCAAGUCAUCUCGAUCAGGUGUUGUCGAUUCCAUUCGGGAUAACUCCAAUCGCGUCCGACUGAGCACUCGUGAUGGCGCCCUCCUCCUAAGCACCGAUCGGUUACACUCGGUUUUACCGGAAUUCGGACGGACUGGCUGUGUUUUCGAACUGCUGGCAGAGAUAACGGACGAGACCUGCUCGGAUGCACCACUUCUAACACAAGCUAGACAAAAUCCCUCCCCUUUUAAUGUUGCGCACAUUGUAGAGCAGAAACGGGACACAGGUCCACCUUUAGAGGGCAUGGAACGAGUAGACCUGAUCGUCCGGUCGCGCUUUUUCCGUUCGCUUGUGGAGCGGGUACAAGCUACGCGCAUGGUUGAUCUCAGAUAUUUAUCCCUGGGUGAUAAUGACUGUCAUCUGAUCCUGGACCAAUUAUUUUCGCACGGUGCGCGUUCAGUUACUGAGGUCCGGUUACAAGGAAACUCUUUAAAAUUGGACGUACUGAAUGUGUCGCCCCCGGACGCCAUCCAUCAUGCUCCCUUAAUCCUACCCCUCGUUCGGUUGGCUUCUCAUUUGACUAGCCUGGACUUGGACUCUAAUGCGAUCAGCCUGAAUAACUUUGUGCACUUUUUACAGGAACUCAAACAGGCUUGCUGCACGGACCUGAAUUCCGCCGGAGUGGUCCUGCCUCGAUUACAGCGACUGUCAUUGGCCCACAAUCCAUUUGUCGGUACUGUUGAAGGAUCGGUCACUGUCUCCGAAUCCCCGUCACAUGAAUUCUAUUGGAUCCACUUAGUUGGCCGUCUGUUGCAAGCGUUCCCCAAGUUGACUUACCUGAGUUUAUCCGGUUGCUUUUUGGGAUCCCUUCAGCAACACCUGCCUCUUUUUGCUCCCAUUGAUUUGGGUACUACCGUCUCAGCUUUGUCUGAAAUUGAUCUGAGUUGGAAUCCACACCUGUCUGCUGAUGAUUUAUCCCUGUUGAUCUCAUCCACCGCACUUGCGGGCUUGCGGACUCUCAGUCUCCGAGGUUGUUCACAAUCAUCCGCUCCUGUCCGGUAUGCUACCAGUUUACCACUGAGCUCAACUCAGGCUGAAGAAGCUCGGUGGUGGUUUGUACCAUCAAAGCUUACUGCGUCAAAUGCCUCGUCAUUCAAGUUUCCACUUGAACCUUCCCAUGGAGACCGUCUCUUGGACACGCUUUCAAAACUUCUGAUAGAGGGACGUUUCCGUCUUCAGGUGUUGGACAUGGGUCACUGUCAGCUAACACACCAUUGCCUGGACAGCUUGAGGAAUUUGGUUGGCACUCCUGGAACUUCCCUGACCACAAUUCAACUUGACGGGAACUCUGGCCUCUGCGGUUGUUCACUGUCUUCUGGUUUGAUUUGUGACUCUUGGAUCCAGGUUCUUCAAGCUACCGCUCUUACGGCCUCCGCCGUAGUCUCGCUGACAAUCGAUAUACCCAACGUUGAUGGCGACAACGAUGCUUUGUCUGCAGCAAUCAACGCUGUCGAACUCAAACUGCUACCUCAAUGCUCUCCCACUCCAUUACAACAACUGACUCUGGUCGGUAUCCCAUCAGAUUGGCAACCUCCGAAAUCGCUGUUGCUUUCGAAUGACCGGUCCCGUUCCACCACCACCAACUCACAUCGCUUGUGCAACGCAUUGACAAACUUGUUCAGCAAUCGCUUUGGAUCACUUGCCAAAUGCAAACUCAUCAGUCUCAAUCGAGGCCACGGGAACCCUAUCGUGGAAGGCGAGCCGCAUAAAUAUCAAGAUAAAUUCAAGAUUUCUAAACACUUUUCAAGUCAUACUUGUCCACCCUGUGUUUUGCAUCAUUCCGAGGAAUUCACGGUGAACAACACUGGUCCCAGUAGGCGAUGUUUCGGCAUGCGUAACACAACCGAACCAAUGCAGUUGAAGAUGCUGGAUGUUCUUCGUGAGUAA